AUGUCUACAGUUCACACUUUGAAAUUGAUUUCUGAGAUCAAAAACCAAGUGUUGGAUCCUUCGGUUGGCUCUGGGCAUGGUCAUUCCCGUCUCCUCCAGCUUGUGGAUGAACUCAAACUAGCUGUUGAAACACCUACAGAGACGAUUCUGCGUCUCAUAUAUCAGCUACCGGAAAAUGCUGCUUUGCGUACUGUCGUAGACCUUGGAAUCUUUCCAUUGCUGGUCAACACCGAAACAAAAAGCGGCGUCUCGGCGACCGAUCUGGCCAGAGACACUGGAGGGGAUCGAGGAUUAAUUGUUCGCCUUAUGAGGAUGAUGACCGCACUCGGGCUAUGCGCGACUUUGGAGCCGGAGAAGUAUAUUGCCACGGACAAGUCCUCUAGUAUGAUACAUCCAAUAGGACGUGACGGUGUACGUUGCAUCUUUGACUUGACCGUUCCGACCCUCUCCAAGCUUCCUGAAUACUUUCAACGUCACGGUUACAGGAACCCCCAAGAAUAUUCUACCUCGCCAAUGAAAUGGGCUGUGGGGAAAAGUCAAUUUGAGUGGCUCGCUGAGAACAGAUUACAUCAAGAUCUUUUCAACUCUUACAUGUCAAGUCGACGUGAAGGAAGGCCCAAUUGGUUCUGCAUAUAUCCAAUCGAGCAACUCAUGGCAGGAGCAGUGGUUAGCCCCGAUGCUGUUUUCCUUCCUCCUGGGCGCCUGAUCUUGCAAGAUCUUCCUAAGAUUAUCUCCAGCGUGGAAAGAGAAGGAAUAGAGAAAAUCUCAUACAGCUUCCUUGACCCCCAACCUAUCAAAGGUGCCUGUGCCUAUUGCUUCCGAGCCAUAUUCCAUGAUUGGCCGGACCGGAUGUGCCAAAAGAUUCUCAUGAAUACUGUUUCCGCAAUGAAGCCAGGAUACUCCCGCGUCAUCAUCAUUGAUUUUGUUCUGCCAGACACAAACGUCCCUCGCAUGCAGGCCGCGAUGGACAUUCAGAUGAUGAGUAUUGGUGCGGGAGUUGAACGAUCUGAGCAACAGUGGAGAGAGCUUUUGCUCAAUGCUGGGCUAAAAAUCAUCGGGAUUUGGAACGUGAGCCCCAACAUGGAAUCGAUUAUCGAAGCUGUCCCAGUUGUGGAUACCGUGUGA